AUGCCGAAGAAGAAAAUCACCAAAGUAAAGAAGGCGAAAGCCGGGAAAGGAAAGAAAGAAGGCAAACAGGAGUCAAAGGCGGACAGAGAGUCUGACAUUGAGAAAGCCAAGGCCAACGCUGCCCUGUGGGAGCUGAGGGUGCAGGUCACCGACCAAUCGCUCGCGCAGUACCGCGAGGGUUGCCGCAAAUUGGCACGCGUAAAUGAAGAGCUCACCAACCACCUGUACCGCGCGGAGAAGGACUCUAUCGAUAUAACGGGCUUUCUGAAGAGACAAGAUGCAACUAAGGAGGAAAAGAUCAAUAUGCUGCAGAAAAGCCUCAAAACUCAAGAUGCACGCGCACGUGAGGAGCAAAACAAACUGGUUGAUGAUUACACAAUUCAAAUCAGUGAGAUGAAGGAACUGUUCAGAAAGAAGUCCAGAGAUUUCAACAUGAUCCAGGAUGGGAUGAGAAAAAUUGAGGAGUUUCAGAAGACAAAAGCCCAGAUGGAGCAGGAACUCAGUGAUAUUAGAGAAAACAUGGCUGUUGCCGACAAGGUGCACCGAGAAAACUUAAACCAAAUGGAGUACAAUUUCCUCAAAGAAAAGGAACGCCUUGAGAAGGAGGCUGAGAAAACGAUAGCCCACGUGGUGGAGAGGGCCCACAAUGAGGCCAUUGUGCAGUUGGACGAUGCCUCUCGCUCUGUGUUCAAGGAGAACGUCCGUCUCAACGAAGCGCUGAAAUAUCACAUAAAGGCAGCAGAGGACCUGCAGAUAUUGACAGAUUCACUGGUCAAGGAAAAUGCCUCUCUGGCACUGGACAAGAACACGUUUGAGCUGAUGGUGAAGAAAAACGCAGCUCAGAUUGAGGCCCAAAAAAAGGAGCUUUCUAAACUGAGGGCUAAGGUAGCAUCCCUGGAGCAGCAAGAAGAGAAGAAAGAGGAGGAGAGGACCCUGGUCAGCGUCCAGGCCAGCCAGGUAGAGCUGGACAAGCUGCAGAAAGUGCUCUCCAUGCGGGAGAGGGAACUGAGACACGUCAAGAGGCUGGCGAGCACCAUUGUAGAGCAGCGCACAGAGCUGGAGCAGUUCUUCCACGAGGCUCUGGCUCAGGUGAAGCAGGAGAUCUCGGCCAGCAGGGUGCAAUACAAGAAGGAGGCGCUGCAGGCUUAUCACUGGAGGCUGAGAGAAGCCACAGCAGGAAAACUCAAGUUCCCACCCAUCCGCACAUUUCAUAAAAGCCCCCACAGUACCAACUCUGUCUAUUCAGACAUGGAGGCAGCUGCAAGGUGGACUCAUCAACCAGACAGCAAAGUUGAAAUCUCAGAUCUCACUUGGGAGCAGAAGGAACAAGUACUCAGGCUUCUCUUUGCUAAGAUGAAUGGACGGAGGGAAAGGAAAGAGAGCCAACAUCUGGCUAUGUCCGCCUCCUCUGAGAAGAGCCUUAUUGACAGCGAUGCUGCCGGAAUUAGAGAGGAGCUCUCCCUGGCGACCUUCAUCACCCAGGCGCCUGAGCCCUUUCUGCCCUCGAACCCAACCAGCCGGCCGGAUAUCCACACCACAUGACCUCUGUGUGGCCUCUGCAUUGCACAUCACACUCUGAAUUGUUUGCCUCUGCUUUGUACGCUAACCACAGGGUGUCAAUCAUGUGCAUGGUAGAAUGCAAGAUGUUUGUUUGUGCUCAUAAAUAUCUCACCAUGCAUGUAUAUAUGGCUUGUGAAUACUCUUUCAUACUUCGAGUCUGUGUGAAUUCUCUCGCAACCACUUUUAAAGGAUCUGUCCCCGCAAAACCAACGCUGAUACCAAAAUCUGCACCAGAUAAUAUACAAGAUCUCCAAGCAACUUGAGGCAUAGACUAAAAUUUUGUGACUCAACAAAAUCAUAAAAAUACUUGCAACUCAACUUGGACAAUGACUUGUGUCCUCACUUGAACUUGAGCCUUUUGACUUAAAAAUACUUGGUAUAUUAAGGUCGGUGAUUUCGUCUUCACAUCAACAUACUCUGCUGUUUUUAGAAACUAACUUUAAAUUGCCUCUGCUUUGUCACCACUGUAACUUUCUAACAAGAGAUCCGGUUUGAUCACAUAUCUUAAAGAGGCUUUGUUAUCUUGCAUGAAAAAAGCAGUGUUGUUAAAGACUUCAUUACAAGGAGUUGUUUCUGUUAGUGGAAGCCAUUGACUUUAAUAAUACUUAGACACUGGACCAAAGAUGGCGCCUAUUCAUUCCAAUAGAGUUGCUCAUCUCGGGCAUACGCCAAAAGCUCUCUAGCCCCGGGGUUUACUUCUGCAUGAACAUGUGCAGCAGUGUUUCUCCUGCUGGCUACGUCUCCGUGUUUACACUCGCCUCAUAGACUUUCUCAGCUUGAGGAGAGUUUUACAAAUAUAAAACCACCAUGGCUCAAAAAUUCAGAAUAGAAGGAGUCAAAAUUGACCUAGUUUGCAGUUGGUGACCUGUCAACAGUUUUACAGUGGUGGCCUAUUGGAUAAAUUUUUGAGUGGCAGGGGAUUUUUUGGGGGGGAUGCAAUACCACAAGUGGCCAAACGGAAAAAUUUGCUACAAGGCUAAGCAGCUUUCCCAUAAUGUACCCCAUAAUGCAUUGGGUCAAGCCUGGCAUCUGGCAAUCUAGCAUAGCGUAGGUGAGGGAUGUAUUAUGACUUGUUUAGGACUAGAAACUCAAAGUUUAAGACUUGGGACUUGACACAGGACCUGAGUGCAAAGAUUUGACACU